AUGCUUCCCCCGCCGCCUGCCACCAAAGUCGACACCACCGCCAAUACAAGCACCGGCAUCACCGACGAUUCGCUGUAUCUUCUGCUGGCGCUGCUGGCCCCCUAUGUCGAUCCCGCAACCUGGACUCGGCUGUCCUCGGUCUCGCGUUCCUGGCGAGCCAUGCUUGCCAAUCCGGCCAACUGGCGCAUCCAGUUCCAAGCCUUCUUUCGCCUUCCUCCACGGAUCUUCCGGGCCGACCACCACCAAGUCGUCGUCGCUGCACACGCCUUCCUGACCCGCACUCGUCCUCAGCCCUAUCCAUGCGAGUCUUAUCUCUGGGGCGUCAUCCACCCCGGCGCGCUGCUGGAUCGUCUGCGUGAGAUGUGUCUCGCGAAUGCCCUGGCUCUCUUCCAUCGCUGGGAAUUCGCCCGGCAUGUUCCAAGGCCCAGCUCGAAUCGCCUGGAGAACUGGAUCUUUGCGGGUUCGCUGCCGGACAUGGUCGGCCUCGUCGGGAUGUUCGCCUAUGAGAUCGACCACAGCGGCGGCAGCGUGCUCAAGCUGCCCGAGACUGUGUGUUUCUGGAAGCCCAAGUGCAUCCGCAUUGACUCGGAGCAGCUGCACGAUCUGCCGCGAUCCUUUGGCUGUCUUUUGGCCUCGCUCGAGAAGCUUGAGAUCCGGAACGCCCAUGUCACCGAGCUCCCGCCCUCGUUUGCUGGUCCAGACGAUAUCGACGCCUCCGCUGCCAUCGUUUCCGGUGGCUCGCCCGCCCACCAUCGACCGCUCCAAGUCCUGGAUCUGUCGAGGUGCAGCUCUCUGCGUUCGGUCGAGCAUCUCGGCCAUCUGCCGAGCCUCACCGAUCUCAACCUCACCAACUGCUCCUCGCUCGAAUCCCUCGAGGUCAUUAGCCUCUGGCCCAGCCUCUCGUACGUCGAUCUGGAUGGAUGCACUCAACUCACCACCUUGGGGCCGCUGGAGGGCCUGUCGAGCCUGAGCUGGCUCGACCUCAACGAGUGCUCCUCCCUCGCGUCGGUUGGGUCGCUGGCCUGCUCAUCCAGCCUCACCUUUCUGAAUUUCAACGGCUGCUCGGCCCUGCGCUCCGUGGGACGGCUGGGCGAGAUGCCGUCGCUGGCUUCUGUCAACCUUAGCGGGUGCACUGCUCUCGAGUCGCUUUCAUUCCUGGAGGAUCUGGUGGCACUGGAAUCGCUGUAUCUCAGCAACUGCUCUGCGCUCGCCUCGAUCGAGCCACUGGCCCGAUUGAAUCGUCUCAUCCACCUCAACCUCGACGGCUGCUCGGCGCUGGCGUCCCUGGAGCCUCUCAGAGGCUGUUCUUUGCUGGCCGAGCUCUCGCUCACAGGAUGCUCGGGUCUGUCGGCGCUGAGCCCUAUAGCCCGGCUCCCGGGCAUGCGCACGCUCUUUGUGUGUGCAAGAUCGCCGAUUCCAUCGGAGGAGUGUCUCAUUCAGGAAGCUCAAGACGGACGCAGCCAAUGCGGUCUGCUGCCCCUGGUGAUCAAAUACUGCACAAACCACUUGCACAAGCGCAACCCGCCAGCUUAG